UGCUGUGACGUCGGGCGCGUUGAAGGCAUGGCUCAGGAAUUCACCGCAAGAAAAUCCUGCUCGACCUGUUCGACGAUCAUCUCCCAUCGAUCCAGCCCCGCCGGGUCCCGUCACACACAGACACACACUCCGGGCCGAGCAGGUGCUUUGUUGUGAGUCCCUCUUACUUUCCGUGGCUCCUCUCUCUCUCUCUCUCUCUCUCAGUGGGAAGUUAACUUUGAAUUGGAAGAUGUCCGCGGAGAACAUUUUACCCGACGAGGCGAUGUUCGCUGACUUCAGGCUGCAGUGCCUCUCCACCGACAGCUGCUGGCUGAAGAAGUACGACAACAACAGCGACAUGCAGGUGUGGGUGGAACAUCCCUCGGCCAAGAAGGGAAACAACGUCCCAAAGAACCACACGAUCAAGUGCAAGAUGACCAUCAGGGACGUGUCCGCCGCCGUCAUGUACGACGUCCUCCAGGACGGCCAGUACCGCAAGAAGUGGGACCCCACCAUGCUGGAGAGCCGCGACAUCGCCCGGCUCUCUGCUAACGCUGAUGUGGGCUACUUCGCAUGGCUCUGUCCAAAGCCGAUAAAGAACCGAGAUGUGGUGACGCUGCGUUCGUGGCAGGUGAAGGAUGAAGAGUACAUGAUCGUUAACUUCUCAGUCAAGCACCCGAAAUACCCCCCGCGCAGCGACCUCGUCAGGGCCAUUUCCAUCCUCACCGGCUAUUACAUCAAGCCCAUAGGACCCAGCAGCUGUGCCUUCAUAUACCUUUCACAAGCCGACCCCAAAGGUUCUCUUCCAAAGUGGGUGGUGAACAAAGCGUCUCAAGUCUUGGCUCCGCGGGUGAUGAAGUGUUUGCACAAGGCGGGAAAGAACUACCCCGAGUGGAAGCAGCAGAACUCCCCCGAACAGAAGCCCUGGCUGUACCCGGAGCAGAACACGCUGCCCAUGAUGGACCCCGCCGAGCUGUCGAUACAGCGAGCCGACUCGCUGGAGAACGUGGACGAGAGCUCCAAGGUGGACGCGCAGGACAGCGAGGACAGUAGUUAAAUUGAAGUGACGGAAGGAGGGAAGGAGGGAGGGAGAGGAGGAUGGACUGAUUAUCCUCAUGAAAACAAAAAGACUUGAGACCUCCUACUGUGUGACUUCGCCCUAAUCCUCCAGUUUUUCCACAUCAGAGUGCCUUGUGGGAUGAGCAUGAAGUACAAAGUGUUUACAGCUGUCUUAACAGUAGGAAGUGAGGACAGAUCAAGUUGCCAUUCACCUCGGUCUAUGUCGAACUAAGCUAAACACGUGUCCAGUGUUGUCCUUACAGCAGAUGUUACAGGUGUUGGGCUUUGAAUGUUGGCCUGGUGGAAGCUUUACUUAUACAGUGGCGACUCUGUAACAUGUGCACUAACCCAUUUUAAAAUGUUGGGAAAUUGAGUUACCUUUAAUGAGGGACUAAAAAGAAGUAAGAAGAAUUGUCAUCGGUGAAAGUGAAGUUAAAUACCAACAUUUAUAACGCAACAAUUGUUUGUCAAAACAUAGACUAUUUACCACCCUUUUUAUUCGAAGUCAACAAAAUUGACAAUAUAAUAGUCCCUUUUUUAUUUUGUUAAAUCUCAUUAUAAUUAUUGUUGGUUGCAGGUUUAAACCGGCUUCAUGAUAAUGUGAUUACAUGAAACGUGCUGUUUGUGCAGCAGCUCAGAGCAUCGACUGUGAAUCUGAACAAUUUGCCUUAGGGGAGUGAGGGGGGGGGGGGGCUAAUCCAAAACAAAAAAGAAACCUCGCUGUCAUUACGUUUGCCACUGAUUUUGUUUUUAAAAUGUGAAUUUUAUUGUGUAAUACACACUUCAUUUUAUUUAGCCAUGAUAAGUAAUUACGAGUAGCUCUGCUCCAUCCUCCUUAUGUUAUACAGGAGGGCUGUGUGAAGGUUCAUUGUGACGUGCAAAUAUAGUGUAUUUAUUGAAAUCUCUAUAUAAGUUAUACAGACUGUAGACUUGCAUCGACACUCAAGGAUUAGAUCAGCAGUUGGUCUGUAAGGAUGAAAAUGUAGCUGGGUUGUAUUAACACUUAAAUGUUAAGAAGUUUGUAUUUUUGUCAGUUAGAAAAAACUUUGCCUGAAGGCCCCUGAUUUUAGUUUUAUAUAUUUAUUUGAAGUUACUUUAACUGUAGAUGAAGCCAUGUUGGAGAAACGACGCUGGAGUGUCGUCCCGCAAGCUGAGAUUGUUUAGUUUUUGCUUCUUAAGAUAUAUGUUAUAAACAAAACUUCAAGGUCUUGA